CUCACACCGUCAGUGACGCACGCUGGCCUGUGGCAGUUAGGGCACCACGAGGGUGGUCGAGGGUCGCAGAGUUGGCCGGCGUGGGGAUGUCGAGGAGCUCGAAGCUGGUGCUGGGCCUCUCGGUGGUGCUGACAGUGGCCACUGUGGCCGGCGUGCAUCUGAAGCAGCGGCAGGACCUGCAGAGGCUUCGUGACGGAGUGAUCAGAGACAUUGAGAGACAAAAUCGGAAAAAAGAAAACAUUCGCCUUUUGGGAGAACAGAUUAUUUUGACUGAGCAACUUGAAGCAGAGAGAGAGAAGACAUUGUUGGCAAAGGAUGUCAAAAAGCAUGACUUGAAAUGAAUGUGAAAUA